AUGGCGCCUGUGUUCGUUUUCCAGGGUAGCGGCGGGUCGGCCGUGCUGCAGGACGUGCCCUUGAUCGACGACCCGCUGUCUUCGGCGACCUGGAGCCAGGGGGCCUCGGGGGAGGAGGGCGAGCGCGGCUUAGGCAUGCCGUUCCCUGUGCGCGCCGCGACGGGCUCUGGCGACCAGUCGGGCGGGCUGGGCCCCCUGGAGGCCCCCGGGGGCGCCGGCGGCCAUGAGGGGCUGGACCUGGAGCCGGGGCUCAGCGCGGAGAGCUCCAAAGAGUCCUGGGUAGUGAUGGCGCUGCAGAGGCGGGAGUCCGUUCCCAGCAGCCCCUCGCCCACUGGGGAGUUCAGCGAGACGGAGAGGCGCGCCGCUUGGGUGGUGGUACAAAAGGGACCCAUAGAGAUGGGGCCGGUUUCUCCGCCUUCCAAGGCGGAGGGGGGGAAUGGGAAGACGCCCGUUUGCGAGGUCGCCAACCCCGCUGCCACCACGGCACAGGAGCUCGACGUUUCUAAAACCGCCACCUGUGAGAAGGCGGGGGCUGCUGGGUCCAGCCCACGCGCGCCAUCGCCAGCCAAGUCCGCAUCAAAAGGGGAAACUCGACAGGCUGGCACGCUCAAAGGGGAAGCUCCUGCAGGGGAUGACAACGACCCUCUUUGUGGAAUGAACUUGAGCAUUUCGUGGGAUGAGCUGCGCUUCGACCGGCCCAGAGUGCUGCUGGGCGAGGGUGCCUUCGGGACGGUGUUCAGGGGGCAGUACGGCGGCAGGCCCGUCGCCGUCAAGAAGUUCUCCCCCAGCUCUGGCCAGGUGGCCAACACAGACACGAUGGCGAACGAGCUGAGGAUCCUGGGGGCGGCGGGCCCGCACGAGAACCUGGUACACUGCUAUGGGGGAUGCCUGGAGGGGCCCAAUGUCUUCAUUGUGGAGGAGCUGAUGGACAAGAGCUUGCACGAUUUGGUGCACUCCAGCAAGUGGGGGGCCCAGCGACUGCCAGUGCGACAGAUUCUGAGGCUGGCGAUGGACAUCACGGCUGGCCUCUGCCACCUGCACCCAAAGAUUAUGCACAGGGACCUCAAGCCACAGAACAUAUUGCUGACGAGAGAGGGCCGGGCCAAAGUGGCCGACUUUGGUCUCUCAAGAACGAAAGCAACAACGUAUCUCAAAACACGAGACCAGCUCGCUGGGACCAUCGCAUACAUUGCACCUGAGUGCAUCAAUGGGGGGCACGUGACUCACAAGAGCGACCUGUAUUCCCUGGGAAUCAUUCUCUGGGAGUGCCUUACAGGCUUGAUACCCUUCAGCGACUAUGACCAGGUGUUCGCCAUAAUGUUUGGUGUUGCUAACAAUGGAGACAGGCCACAAUUUCCCGAGGAUGUGCACUGUCCCCCUGGAUUGAGGGAGCUGAUAUGCGAGUGCUGGAGCCAAGAUCCGCGGGCGAGGCCCAGUUGUGAAGAGGUCAUGAUCAAGCUGAGAGAGCUUGAACUCAACUUGUUUGGUGACAAGAGGGCAUAG